AUGGUUUUUAUAAUUCACGGCUACCUUGGUGGUUGGCUUGGCAUACUCAGCAAGAGCUUUUCCCUGAGACUUGAAGAUCUUGACGUUGGCGGCAAGAAGAUCCUUGCGCUCCAUUCCCUCGCGUCUUGGCAUUGCUCCAACGAGGAAAGCGUAAUCGAUUCCAGUGAAUGCAGCCUUCUCCUCGGUGACAGCCUCGACGCUGUGAAGAGUUGGGAGAGCACAAUCUUGGAGCUCGAAAACAACUCCUUCGAGAACAUUGGCGCAUUGUGGAACAUCGAGGAGGACGAGUUGCACUGGUUGUUCCUUUCCGAAGACGGUUCCGUCGGCGAUACGGAUUACAAUGGAGUAUCCGAUCUGGCCAGCGGCUCCAGUAACCAAAACGCGAAGUGGGGCAGUCAUUCUGAAAUUUUUUAA